AUGGUAUAUUUUCAAAGUCGUCAAAUUGGCCACCAAAGAAAAUCUGAAGCGUUGACUCCAGUAAUCAACUACGCCUCUCGAAAAUCGACCGCGACUUCCCCGCUUAGCCUUAAGCAAGCGGAAUCGGGCUGUCGUGAGGGCUCUGAACCCAAUGCUGGUUACCUAUUUGGAAGCCAGCCGGGACCUUUGCGAGACGGACUCAAUUCUUUUGGCGCCGCACUGGCAGUCUGCCGUAUUAUAGGCGCCAAACUUUCCACGCCUCGACGCGCUACUGGACAAAGUAGUGCUAUCCCAGCAUGGAGAAUAAGAAUUGAAGAACGUAUCGCAAAGGCUAGGGCCCUCAUCGGCAGACUGAUAUGCUUCAGGUCAGGCAAUACCAGGCCAAGGAUUGUGCGCACCGUCAGGAUGGCGUUUGCUGGGACAAAUGUUAGUUUGUCCCAGCCGGAUAUAACGCAAAAACUGACGGAGCGCAUAGACGACCUGAAGCAAAAAAUAGCUGCUUGGGGAAAGCGGAUUCGGCGAUAUACCGAGAGGUCGACACGGUUCAACCAGAAUCGUCUCUUCCAGAGUGAUCAGAAGAGGCUCUGUAAAUCAUUGGAGCGACCAAUGGUAAGUGGAACGGGCCCAGCACCAAAUCAGGCCGACACGGUCGCAUUCUGGCGCAGCCUGUGGUCAGAGCCCGUAAACCUCAACGAGGGCCCUUGGACAGAAGUUGUGGCGAGGCAGUGUGCGGGUAUUACGCCCAUGGACCCCGUCAUCAUAACGCCGGAUGACGUAGCUGAGGCGGUCCGUAGGGCCCCGAACUGGAAAAGUCCGGAGCUUGACGGGCGGCAUCAAUACUGGCUGAAGGGGUUUAUGGUAUGUCACGCUGUGCUCGCCCGACAGUUUCAAGAGGCUCUCAGCCAGAACAUAGCGACGCAUGACGUGGCGACGCAUGCCAUGGUGACGCAUGCCGUGUCGACGCAUGCCGUGUCGACGCAUACUGUGGCGACACAUGCCGUGGCAAAGCAUGCCACGGCGACGCGUCGCCAUGCCGACAGUAAAUCUGAGCAGCCGCUAUAG